GUAAGUACACACUUAGGGUCAAAACAAAUAUUAUAAGUUAAAAUUAAACUAAAAAAUGUUAAACAUUUGUGUCUCUGUUUCAGAUGUGAAUGUGAGGUUGGUGAAUGGUGACAGUCGUUGUUCUGGUAGAGUUGAGGUUCUUCAUGAUGGUCUGUGGGGAACAGUGUGUGAUGAUAGUUGGGAUCUGACAGAUGCUGAAGUGGUUUGUAAAGAGGUGGGCUGUGGAGAGGCUUUAAAGGCUCUGGGUAGUGCUCACUUUGGACAAGGAUCAGGACGGAUCUGGAUGGAUGAUGUGAGCUGUACUGGAUCAGAGUCCACACUGAAGAACUGUAAAUCAAAAGGAUGGGGUGAGAGUGACUGUGGUCAUCCUGAAGAUGCUGGAGUCAUCUGCUCAAGAUCAAGACUUGUUGCUGGAUCUCAUCUGUGCUCUGGGAGAGUCGAAAUAUAUUUUGGAGGAAGAUUUUGGACAGUGUGUGAUGCUGUGUUUGAUGAUCAGGAUGCAGAGGUUGUGUGUAGAGAGCUGAACUGUGGGGUUCCUGUACAGCUGCUGGGUGCAGAUACUUUUGGUAAAGGAGAGGAUCAGGUGUGGACACAAGAGAUUCAAUGUAGAGGAGAUGAAUCACACAUUCGAUUUUGUCCAUCAUCAGCAUUCCAUGAAAAAAACUGUACCCAUGACAAUGACGUGGGACUGAUCUGUCAAAGGUCCAUCAGGUUGGUGGGUUCUGGUGGAGAUUGUGCAGGAAGGCUGGAGGUUUUUCACAAAGGCUCAUGGGGUACAGUGUGUGAUGACUCCUGGGAUAUUAAAGAUGCUCAUGUGGUGUGCAGACAGCUGCAGUGUGGAGUGGCUCUCAGUAAUCAGCCAGUACCAGCCUGGUUUGGUCCUGGUUCUGGACCCAUAUGGCUGGAUGAUGUGAACUGUGAGGGGAAUGAGACGUCACUGUGGAGCUGCUCUUCACCGGUCUGGGGAGAUCAUGACUGUAAACACAAGGAGGAUGUAGGAGUCGUGUGCUCAGAUCAUCUUCCUCUCAGACUGAGUGGAGGGAAGGGUUUGUGUUCGGGGAGACUGGAGGUUUAUCAUAACUCUGUGUGGGGUUCAGUCUGUGAUGAUCUGUGGGACAUCAGAGAUGCUCAGGUGGUCUGCAGGCAGCUGGGUUGUGGAGCAGCAUUGAGUGUUGAUGGGAAUGAAGCGUUUGGUGCUGGUGAAGGUGUUGUGUGGAUGAAGAAAGUCGAGUGCAGAGGGACUGAGAUUCACCUGUGGGACUGUCCUCAUAGUUUGACCAUAAAACAGGACUGUUCUCAUUCUGAUGAUGCUGGUGUGAUCUGCUCAGGUGAGUUUGCAAGACUUGUUAAUGGACCUCAUCUGUGUUCUGGAAGAGUCGAGCUGCUUCGUGGUAACACCUGGAUGUCAGUGUGUGAUGCUGUGUUUGAUGAUCAGGAUGCAGAGGUUGUGUGUAGAGAGCUGAACUGUGGGGUUCCUGUACAGCUGCUGGGUGCAGAUACUUUUGGUAAAGGAGAGGAGCAGGUGUGGACACAAGAGAUUCAAUGUAGAGGAGAUGAAUCACUCAGUCGAUUAUGUUCAUAUUCUUCACGUAAAGUAACCUGCUCUCAUGACAAUGAUGUGGGACUGAGAUGUUCUGGUUACUUUGACCACAGACUGGUGAACGGUCCUGAUAUCUGCUCUGGUCGAGUUGAAGUUCGAUACCUUAAUGAGUUGAGAACAGUUUAUUCCUCUCUGUCUCUUCAUGAUGGUCGAGUGAGGUUGUCUGGAGAGAGAGAGUGUGAGGGUGAGGUGGAAGUUUACAUUCAUCAGGUUUGGAGGAGAGUUCUGCUGGACUCCUGGAGUCUCACUGAAUCCUCUGUGGUCUGCAGACAGCUGGGCUGUGGCUCUGUGCUGAACUUCACUAACUCCUCUUCAUCCAGUGAUGAACACAGUUAUGAGUGUGUGAUGGGCUUCCAGUGCUCUGGGACUGAAGAUCAUCUGAGGAACUGCAGCUCUCCACAAACUCUUAACUGCAGCGCAACACAACAGCUGACAAUCACCUGCCAAAGUCAGAAUUACAACAUCUGUCAGAGGUCCAUCAGGUUGGUGGGUUCUGGUGGAGAUUGUGCAGGAAGGCUGGAGGUUUUUCACAAAGGCUCAUGGGGUACAGUGUGUGAUGACUCCUGGGAUAUUAAAGAUGCUCAUGUGGUGUGCAGACAGCUGCAGUGUGGAGUGGCUCUCAGUAAUCAGCCAGUACCAGUCUGGUUUGGUCCUGGUUCUGGACCCAUAUGGCUGGAUGAUGUGAACUGUGAGGGGAAUGAGACGUCACUGUGGAGCUGCUCUUCACGGGUCUGGGGAGAUCAUGACUGUAACCAUAAGGAGGAUGUAGGAGUCGUGUGCUCAGAGUUUAAAGAGCUCAGGUUAACUGAAGGCUGUGAAGGGAAUGUGGAGGUUUUCUACAAUGGAUCCUGGGGUAAUGUUUGUGUAAAUCAGAUGAACAGAGACACAGCGAGUCUGAUCUGUCAAGAGCUGAACUGUGGAAGAUCUGCCAGUGAACCCAAUUUUUCAGAUGGACUGAGGUCUCAGAAUUGGUUGGAUUACUUUAAAUGUCGACCACAUGACUCCACUUUAUGGCAGUGUCCAUCUUCACCUUGGGGACAGAAUCAGUGUUAUAAUGAUGAAGUGGCAAAAAUUCUCUGCUGGGAUAAAACAAUUCAGUCCUCUACCAAUGAAGAAGAAGUUAACAGUGGUGAUGGUGAUUAUGACGUCACAAACAAAGAGAAUGAAAUUCACAAAUCACCCCGAAGUCAUCUGACAUGUUCUACCUCACCAUCUCCUCACCAGAGACAAUGUUCAAAUCAUCUUCCUCUCAGACUGAGUGGAGGGAAGGGUUUGUGUUCGGGGAGACUGGAGGUUUAUCAUAACUCUGUGUGGGGUUCAGUCUGUGAUGAUCUGUGGGACAUCAGAGAUGCUCAGGUGGUCUGCAGGCAGCUGGGUUGUGGAGCAGCAUUGAGUGCUGAUGGGAAUGAAGCGUUUGGUGCUGGUGAAGGUGUUGUGUGGAUGAACAGAGUCGAGUGCAGAGGGACUGAGAUUCACCUGUGGGACUGUCCUCAUGUCCUGAAAAAUCACACUGACUGCUCACACAAAGAACAAGUUAGACUCAUCUGUGCAGACUUGUCAGUGUCUACAACUCCUGCCACAACAACAACAUCAGCUUCUCCUUCAGUUUCUCAGACAAACAGGAGAUCAGUGACUCCUCCACAAACUCCUCCUCUCUUCAAUCCUCCAGUGGUUGUGAUUGUACUGGGAGUUUUGCUCUUACUGCUCUUAGUGCCGCUGCUGAUACUGAUUCAACACAACAGAGAGAUGAGGAGAGCUCUCUCUAAGAGGAGACACAGGACUCAGACUGAAGCAGUUUAUGAAGAGAUUGAUCACAGACACACAAACACACACAAACACUUCACUCAGAGAGGGAGUCUCAUCUCUGAAGAACAGCAUUCUGGAUAUGAAGAUGCUGAUGAGCUUCUCUCAGCAAAAGACUACAAGAUUGAAUAUUAUGAUGAUGUCUCCAAUGGCAGUGACCUGAAAGAAGAGAUGGUGAAAAAAGUCUCAGCAGAAUACUAUGAUGAUGUCAUCACUGAUGGACUAAAAGCAGACAGUGAGACAGAAGACACACUUGAGCAGUAUGAUGAUGUCAUCACCACAGGACAAAACUCUGAUCUUCAAAAAGAGAGUUAUGAUGAUGUCAUCAUCAAUGGACAGAACUUUCAAGGUGUAAUAGAGGGAGUUCAGGAGGAGUAUGAUGAUGUGAAGAAUGACAGUGAAGAUGUGACAAACCUGUUAUAUUAUGAUGAUGUGGGGGAGGAGCCAAACAAAGUGGGAGGGACUGUGUGA